AGCUUAUUUCCUUCACUUUUUUCUAUCAACUCUGAACAUGCCCACGCACCACCGCACUCAAAACCCUAAUUCCCCAAAUUGAAACUCCAGCCUUAAAUUGCCAUCCAUGGACUUCAAUCUGAAGCAAUGGCGACAAGAUUCUGACGCAGACGACGCCACCAAGCUCUCAGGGCUCGAUCUCCUCAACCAGCAACCGCCGGCAGCUUCCUCUGCACUCUCCUUGUUUGUUCCUGAAUCCUCCGCACCUGCCGCCACCAAAUUCUCCAUUUCGGGGAUGGGGAUGAGCUAUUUCAGCUUGUCGCAGUGGCAGGAGCUCGAACUCCAGGCGUUGAUUUUCAGGCACAUGACCGCCGGAGGUCCCGUCCCUCCCGAACUCCUUCAUCUCGUGAAGAAAAGCCUCGUGGAUUCGCAGAACUCGUCGCACUAUUUUCCUCAUCAGUGUUAUCCUCAUCACUACCACUCGCCUCUUGAUUGUGUGGUUGUUUGGGAUCUGAAAGUGGUGCAGUCUGGUUACUGGGGGAGGGCAGCCAUGGAUCCCGAGCCGGGACGCUGCCGGAGAACCGACGGAAAAAAGUGGCGGUGCUCGAGAGACGUCGUCGUCGGGCAGAAGUACUGUGAGCGCCAUAUGCACCGCGGCAGGAACCGUUCAAGAAAGCCUGUGGAACCCCACGCAUCCACCGCUUCCACAUACGGCGGCGACUCCAAAUCCGCCGCCAACUCCUCCUCCGUCACUAGGCCAUCCACCGCCUCCGGCGAUUUCCUCAGCUUCAACAACCCAAGUGAAGGCCCAUUUGAGGCCCAGAAGGAGGCCCAACCCAAUAACGGAAUGUUUCGGCAUUUUUUCGACGAUUGGCCCAAGUCGGUCGUCGACGACGAGAUGGAGACAAGCUUGUCGAUUUCGACGCCCGGAAAUGUGUCUUCUGACUUUUCUUUAAAACUUGGUUAUAGCAACGGCGACGAGGGUGGUUCCGGGAGGGAUAAGGGUCCGGUCGGGUGGGGAUUGGGCUGGGAGACUAAUUUGGGGCCGCUGCCGUCAAUGGGCGGCCCUUUGGCAGAGGUGCUGCGGUCGUCGACCACUUCUGGGUCGUCCCCGACCAGCGUGCUGCGUCCCGGGCGGCGGGGCGGGCAGCUGCCCUCGGAAGUCAGCUAUGGCAGCUCUUGAUGAUCAGUAUUUGAUGUAAUAUUUUUUAUAUAUAUAUAUAUACUAUGAUGUGUUUUGUUUUUUUGUUCUUAUUUUUUUGUUAAUGCAGUGUUAUGGUUUUGACUUUGUUCUUUCCUUGGGUUUGAAAAGUGUUGUAACGCUUGAUUUG